GGUCCGGUCUACGGGAAAUAGCACCCAACAGCACAACUUUUAAUUUACUUAUAUUUAGGUUUUAGGUCAUAGUAAUUUUGUAAUCUUUUUACCACAUGAGUAGAGCCAUGGUCAUGCAUUUUAUAUCUUCAAAUGCUGUAAUUAAGAGUUUGUUGACAAUGCAGUCGCGGAGUGAUAUCAGUUGCGCAGCUGGGCUCUCGUGUAGUGGGGAUUUUGAACCUUCUGUAUGCUGUUGUUGACUCUUUUUUUUUACAGUUGGUUUUAUGGCAUGUUUGCAAUAUAUUUAUAUAAGUUUUUAAUCAACAAGUAGUCAAAUUGCCCGGGUGUCGUCAAGGUAACUUUGCAAAAUGUCAACAAUCGAGAUGAACUCCACUGCCCCUGAGGAGGAACAGCAGGGCUGCUCAGCUGUUUUAACAGAUAUUUCUACUCCCAUAAGCUUUGCCGAGACCACUGCAGCUGACUUUGGUAUUUCUGUACAAAGCUUUAUUCCAACAUCACUACCCUCUCCAAACCGCAAAGAAAAGUCACGUCUAGCUCAAUUAAAAGCAAGACGAAGGUCUAAUAUCGGUGUUCGCGGCUCACCUGAAACCAAUUCUCUCAUUCGAUUCAUAGCACAGCAAAGAAUGAAGACGCCACCGGCUCAACCCACUCCAGAGCUUGUCAGACAGAGCCCAUUCCUGCCACGGGUAGCCUCCACGCUGAGGCAGAAGAUGGCGUGCUUCCAGAGCCUGAUGGGAGUGGAGGAGAGCAAGGACAGCAGCACAGGGGGAUGCAUCACCACAAGAGAUGAUCUGUGUGAUGACAAAAACCUUGAAGCUGGUAAAGAAAACCACCCUCCCUACAUGGCACUCCCACCCAACAAGAAGAGGCGCCUGGGCCUCUAUCAAGGCUGUGAGGAUGAGAUUACAGAGGACAGCCACCCUCCCCUGCACUUGAGCCUCAAACAGCUGGAGGAAGAAGACACAUCUGUGAAACACAAACCACUCCAGUUCGGUAAAUCAGAGGCGGAAUCUGCUCAAGUGCUGAUCAUUUCACCUCUGUUCACUGAAGGAGAGCAGCCAGUGUCUCCACACACACAGCUCUGGCCCCCCGUGGAGAACCAACAGGAGGUUGUUUUUGAACUCGAGAGAAUUCACCAGCCCAGACCUGAUGACCCCUCAGCAGUGUCUGCAGUGCUGCCUGUCUCCCACUUCCCCAGCCCCUCCAUCUCCUCUCUGCUGGAGAUGAAGCCCUCAGACUCCCUCAGCAGCCCCACAUUAAGGAAAAAGAAGCAGGUGCGUUUUGGAGAGGCGCUGCCACCGGAGCUGUUCGAUAAGACCCUUCCCCCCAGCACCCCUCUGCAAAAGGGGGGCACUCCUGCUCGUGUGCCGACACCUGGGGGUGCCCUGAAGCUGCGCUCUCUGCUCAAGACUCCUCAAAAAGUCGACUCUCCCUCCACACAGUCCCAGCCCGAGCUCGGCAGCCCUUCUGUGUUCGCCUCUCCUACUCUGUCCGCCUCUCCUACUCUGUCCCUGCCCCGCAGCCGCAGAAGAGCCACUUCAGAGGAGGACAGGGAGGAGAUGAGCGGAAAGAUUCCUUUCCCCAUGGAUGAGAUUGAAAAUGAAGCCACCAUUGCUGAAGAGUGUUUAGAUGCCCAACCACUGAAAUUUGACACUGCUUUUAAUGAGGAUUCUCUGUCUCAUAGUGAAACAGAAUGUGAAACUAAAGCAGUCGAAAGCGUCUCUCCGAUGGACAGCCUGCCUCAUGAGCCCUUACAGGAGGAGGAGGAGCCUCAAACAGACAGUGUAGCUCCGGCCUAUGGCACCACCAGCAGCAACAACAGCAGCAGUAGAAGAAGAGGGGGAAAGGCGACACAUGACAUGACAGAGGCUGCUGCUCACUCCGGUGGUCGUAAGAGAAAGCUGCCAGAGGAGAGUGAACCAGUGAAGAGGUCGUCACGCUCCGCUGCCAAGACGGCCUCUGGGAAGAUGAAGGCGAGCACAGCAACACGCCGAUGGAACAAGAAAGUGGACCGCAGUCUGUACGGCUCUCGAGAGUAUGCUUCCAAAAACCCCUCCCUCAGCCCCAUCACGGAGCGCCUGUCUUUAGGGCUGUCCUUCAGUGCAGAGGAUCCUGGAGCCAACAUGGCCUCAAGCCAGGAGCCUCACCCCGACCUCAGCUGUAAUGGAAAAUCAGUCAGCGGUGACCCAGCGUCAGCCGCGGUGCCACAGACAGGUGACACGACAGCCCUAAACACUUCUACAACUCCCCAAGUCUCGCUCUCGCUUCCUGUGGCCGACAAAAAGAAUGCCGCGCAAUGGACCAGGAGGCGGUCAGGGUCAAAGGGCGUAGGGAGAGCACUGAAGGGAAGAAAGGUUAGUGUUAAUGAUGACCAAGCAGAAGCGAGGGUGCAUGACAGGAGCGAGGAGAACUUUGUGAAACAACAGGAGAUGGAUGAAGCAAAAGAAACUGAAACUGUAGUUAAAAGUACUGCAGACCCAGGAACUGAAAUUAGUGCUACAAACUUGUUAGACGCUCCUACAGCUAUGAAUGAGGAGUCAGAAUCUCCCACCAUUUUGGAAGCAGCCACAAGCUUUUCUGCAGGUGAAGAAUUCAAACAUGCAUUAGGAGAAGUUGAGCCACGUCAGGAAAAUGAACCAGACGACAAAAUGAACCAUGAAGUUGAGAGAGGACGGGAAGACCGAGCACUAAGCCAGCGAGAAACUACCCGGUCAAGGUCUGAUGAGCAUGAAGAGGAGGAGACCGCAGCAUCAGCACUAAGCCUCCCUCCCUGGCAGGACGACUUCAACUUCGAGGACGUGUUCAAGCCGGUCCCCACCAGAGGGCAGCGCUCUGUUCGACGCAGCCUGAGGAACCAGACCAAUGCAGAUCACAGCAGUAGUGGAGGACUGGCAUGGCUUCCCCGCAUCUCCCCAGAAUCCAUCAAGGAGUCCCGAAGGAAGACGAGGGGGCGGCGACUCAGUGCUGCUCUGUCCACACUAGCCCUUGAAGUGACCCAGCCAUAAUAAUUAUUUAAAAGGCCCAUAUUAUACCGUUACAAUACUGUUUCCUCAUCAAAAACAUACCAGGGAUUGUGUUUUGUUUAAUUUACAUGUUUAACACACAUACACUGCUUAUUUAGGCUGAGUUCUCUCAAACAGAAAACGCUCUGUUCCACCUUGUGAUGUCAUGUGGCAAUACAGGAAGUGCUCCACCGUGUUUUUAAACUCCAUACAUCUUCACUACAAUAAUUUGGAUAAUUUUAGUCCUAGCAUUGACAGUCUUUUACUGAACAAAAGGUAAAAGGUAUCUUAAAAUGUAGCUGUUAACUUGGAAAAUUACCGCUUCUUGACAUCACAAGGUAGAACAGAGCAUUUUGAACUUUGGAAAUGUAGACAGACUAAUAUUAAAGGGUUAUGCAAACAUGUGAGAUGUUGUUGCUUCUUCAAAAACAUACCUGGAGUUUUCAUUUCAGGAGUCAAUUUUGUGUAAUACAGGACCUUUAAACUAACCUCACAGAAUGGAUCUUUUGAUUGACAGACUCGAAACAGAGAUGACUAUUUGUGUAGCCUUUAUAAUAAAAUGCGUUUCCAAAGAACAUUACAGAAAAUAUCGGAGCUUUUGUUCCCUGUGAAUUAUUUUAAGCUACGCCGUAAUUUGUAGCCAAUUUCUCUCUCCGGUAGUAACCAAGUGGGUCAAUACAGUCCAAUCAUCUCUGCUGACCACCUCCAAAUCAAUAGGCCUCCGCUCAGUCUGGUAAUCACAGUGCAUCUUCAGCCCCUCACUCUCUCUCCCCAAGUCACUCCAUCGAGCACUUCAAGAGUCAAUAUUUUCACUUUAUGCAGAGAUGAAAAUGCUAUUGGACAUUUUGCAGCUGUCCGGGCACUCUGGAUGUCACUGGACUUUAAUGGAAAAAUAAUUAAGGAAGAUAUCAAAUUAUAGGCUUGAGUCAUCCGGUUGAUUUGUGGUCACUUUUUCUCCUAACGGUAACUAGGGUGUUCAAACUGGAAUACUGGGUAAAAGGGGAAUCAUUUGAGUAGUUUGAUUUAAACUUGGGUUUGAUUUGAAAAUUGUGACUUGGAUGCAAAAUGGUGAACUAAAACCUUUUUAAUACAGUAAAUUGUCUAUCUCCUGUGAUUUUAAUAUAGAUUUUCUACCAGAUGCCUUUCGUUCCUACAAAAUUAUGCUACCUAAUCUGCCAGUGUAAUCUACACUGAAGCUUACUACGUUAUGAGUCUCUAUUUUUGAAUCCACCUACUAACAUAAUUUAAUUAAUCGUUUCUAUACCAUUUGAAUUAUUUGUAAAUAUUUCUGGACAAUAUCUAAAUGAUGACCACUGUUCACACAAAUCUGAUGCCAUUUUCUGUGAUUUUAAUAAACACUUUUAUUUUGUAGAAAACAGUUUUUUCAGUGACCUUUUUUGAAAGUUGCUAUGAUACACUGAGAAUGCCUUUGCAAGACUCCUUGAUAGUGGUAGCUUUUGUUGCUGUUAUAGACCUAUCAUUCAAUGAAAUGACAUUUGUUUUAAGUCAUGAUUUAUAUUCAUUUGCCUGGCUUCAAUCCAAGUAAUAAAACACAGCCACUGCUCGCAAAUGCAUUGUCCCACUGGUGUGAAAAGUCCAUUGAGAACAGUAGCUUUCCUCUCACUU